AUGGAAAUGGAUGACGACCCAGAUCCGGAGAUGCAGACCGGAACCCCGGGCCACCCAAUCAGCAUAUCUAGUGGGUCUCCGUUUCAGGGAUCCCCAUACCGUGGGCCCGAUUCUUUCCAGGAGAGGAUGGCCACCUUUGAUUGGUACUUUACUCCUUCGUACCAUAGCUCUCCAGCCCAACCACCUUUGGUUGAACCCCAACUCCAAGCUGUUUCACCACCACCACUUCUUGUUGAGGAGCCACCUCAGCAGCCACCUCCCGAGCCUCCGAGGCAAAGAAGGAACGCACGUAUAUCCGUGCGAGGAGGACCUUGUUUCGGUUCUCCUCAGGGUUCGAGUUCUUAUCCCCCUAUUCCAGAGGACCCCCAGAUGGGUGGGCCCUCAAACGCGGCGCCGGAGGUUGAUCCUCCGCAAGCUUCUUAUGCACCACCUCAGCCGCCUAUGGGUUUUGAUAACCCAAUCCCGACGUACCCAGGUUCUUCCAGGUACAAUCCUUUUGAAAACCCAUCGGGGUAUCCAUCGGGCUAUGGAACUCAAGACCCUGAUGUCUGUCGUUAG